UACUCAUGCGAGCGGCGCUAUGUAGCAAAAUUAUGUUUUGUCUUUUAUUUUCAUUUCUGACAAUUUGCACGAGAUUUGUACUUUGUGUAUAUCACGAAAACACGCACUGUACGUUAGACGAUUGUGAGUACAAGCCUCACGGACCACUAGUUCUCUGCAAAAACUUGCCAUUAGAUUUCCUGCAGUGCUCGGAGAUCUUGGACCUCCAAGGAAAUGAAACUGCGCGAGAAGAGUUGGGCUAUGGCUGCACCAAGUUUGGAGGUUCCAAAUACGAAGACGUCCAGUUUACUGCAGUCAACUGUUCUGUUCUGCCCAAUAUCGAGUGCUACGGCAACCGCACUUUUUUAAAAGACGGCUUUCCGUGCAUUAAGUACACUGGGCACUACUUCACAACAGCGCUUCUCUAUUCAAUACUCUUAGGCUUUUUGGGAAUGGAUCGCUUUUGUUUAGGCCACACAGGCACAGCAGUUGGAAAGCUGCUAACACUUGGUGGCGUUGGCAUCUGGUGGAUCGUUGACAUUGUUUUAUUAAUAUCUGGUAAUUUGAUGCCACAAGAUGGCAGCAAUUGGAUGCCAUCCGUGUGAAAAAUGUUGGUUGUUACUGGGCUCUUCAUUCAAGCGUUAUUCGUUCUCCAAUGGAGAACCAUAGUUACCACUGUCACUUUAGUUGAUUGCUUACGAGCAUACCUGCCGCUUUAUUCAUACAUCAUACAAAAAUGACAUUACAGUACAGAAGGCACAUAUGUCUUUAAGAGUGCUGUUUCUUGGGCGAGUUGUCUGUCUAUUGUCUUGGCGAGAUGUCUGUCUAUUAUAAAUUGGUUUCAGCCUCUACGCACACUGAUGUGACAUUGUAAUUUUACAUUAUUUGUGUUUUAACAAACAAUACAAAUAAUGUAGCAGUUUGUCUAUUGCUUUACUGAAAUGCAUGAUCAGGCAUUGAAACUGCCUGUGGUGGCUGCAUAAGUAUGCUUUCAGCCAUUUGCAUUUUAGUGAAUGUUUUUUUGGAAUGUUUUUUUUUUUUUUUUUUUUGAACAGAAAGUGUCUGCUUGCUCUUAAGUGCAUGCUUUCAGAAUGCGCCCCAAAGCACAUAGUGCUGUACAGUCAGCAUCUAUUGAUUUGAAUUUGGGUAAUUUUUAAUUUGACCUGCCUUUUAAUCCAGCGAAAUUCAGUACCUAUUUAUCGUCAAUUAUUAUUUUAAUUUGAGCAUUGGAUAAUUCAAACCAUGCAUUUUCAUGUUAAACAGAAGUUAAACAUUAUACAGAAGUUGUAUUAUGUAUAAACAGUAAUUAAAUCUUCAUAUGUUGCAUAUUAUGUUGUGAUAGGAUACUUAACACUGUUUCAAAUUGUCUAUUUUUCACUGAAAUGACCGUUUUCUGCAAACUUGUAGUGAAAACUGCAGGUUUGCAGAACCUGGUGCUUCUACAGUGCAGUGCACCUAAAGUGGAAUUAUAUCCUUCAGACUCUGCGUCUACACAUGCCAACUUAAUGCCUCACAAUUGCAAGAACUUACGAAAAGAAGGAAGGUUAUAACAUGCUGCAUAUAUCAUAAGAUGCUGAAGGAUCUGUUAAUGUGUACAAAACAUCAGGGAAAAAAAAUUCUUGAAGCCACAUGUUUGGCUUUUUACUAGCAAUGCCAGUAUGUGUUCACAUAGCAAAUUUUUUUAUUAUUUCUAAAAAGGUCAGGUGUCUUUGAAGUACACUGAAUGCAAUUCCAUAUUUUAAUGUACUCAUAAUUGAAGCACGUAGUUCACUUUUAUGGGAACAUUUGAACUCUCUGAAAACUUACACUUUAAAUUUGUUCUACUGCUAUGUGAAUAUUUAUGGAUGUUAAGGGUGCAAGGAAUGGCAUAAAGAAAAUUUUCAGCUGACAGAAUUGAUUUUGUCUGUAUGUGUUAUUCUUUUUUUUUUUUAUCUCUAUACUUCUUUUAUUAAUGGGAUGCCUCGUAUGCAGAGAUAAAUAAAAGAGGCUUGCUGUUUUUUCGUUAUCAUGAUGUGAACUUUGUACACAUGAAAUGGCAGUUGAGUCAGCAAUGGCAAUUAGGCACAAUCCAAGGUUGGUAACUAAGAUGACUGUUGCGACAAGGUCGCGCCCGACAAUAGGCACCAAUACAUCUUGUCUGUAUGUGUUAUUAGGUAGAAUUGCUAUCUUCUACAUACACAGUUGCAAUACUUUGCUUCAAAGUUAUUUGGAUGUCACAUCUGUUCUCAAGAAAGUAAAGGCCAGCCAGUCAGCCAUUUGCAGCAGUACCUGGGUGGCCUUCACUUCUUUAUAAUAGGGCAUGCAUGUAUGUGUGCCUAGCUGAGCAAGGCACAUUUGUGCAUUUGUGUGCAGUAAUCUACCUGUUUAACAUGAAAACUUCAUGAAAGCUUCCAGAACUUGUCGCUGGCUUGUUAGAGUUCAGGUCUCGCAAAGCGAUUUAAUUAUAUGAUCUGUAUAAUAGCGCAAUUGGCAUCAGAUCAUCUGUAACCCACAGCUCCAUGACCGAUCUGUAGAGCGAGCCCCUCUUUUGCUGAUAUUUCUGUUACUUGCUAUUAAAAAAAAAUGAGACGAGUAAUGCAGAAACAGUGGCAGGGAGCUUCACAGACAUGUUAAAACAACAGGGCACUCAACAAGCCAAAUUUAAAUUUGGACUUCUGGAGUUGUAUAUGAUAGUCGUAUUGAUGUUAAAUAUGCUGUCACACGUACUUGACUGCAACGCACAAUAGCCACUGGCAAACUGGAAAUAAUUCUAAAGCUGUCAGAAUGCAGACCACUCCACACUAAUCUGCAUUUUCCAAUGAAAAUAAUGCAGUGCUUAGCUAUGACUUAAAGAACUAGAACAAUUCCAUUUUUCUUAUACACUUUCUCAAGAUAUAAUGAAUUGUCAAGUGGCACUCUCCGUUUCUUUUUAUUUAUUUAUUUUUUUUUUUUUUUCAUGUACCAUGUCUCAGAGUUUGACAUCACUCUUCAUGCUGGAGCAUUGCAAUGCCUGUGUAUAAAUUGUAUGUACAGAAUGAUUUUGGAACUUGUUCUUGUAUAGAUGCCUUAUUUGUACAUACAUGGUCUUAUCUGUGUUUUUUCUUUUUUUUUUUCUUGUUUUGUGUGUGUGUGUGUGUGUGUGUGUGUGUGCGUGCGUGUGUGCUUUAGAUGAAUAAAGUGGCGUUGAAUGACAAGUUUGCUAAA